AUGCUGUCUCAAAUGGAACAUGUCAUGGAAUCCAUGAUGCUUACGUUUCGUAAAUUUGCUGGGGAUAAAAGCUACUUAACAAAGGAGGACCUGAGAGUACUCAUGGAAAAGGAGUUCCCUGGAUUUUUGGAAAACCAAAAAGACCUUCUGGCUAUAGACAAAAUAAUGAAGGACCUGGACCAGUGCCAAGACAGCAGAGUGGGCUUCCAGAGCUUCUUUACCCUAAUUGCUGUCACUAUCGCAUGCAGCAGUUUUGUAGUUCACAAAAAACAGAAGGGAAGGAAGGAAGCAGUUACUUCCAUCCUGAUAAGAGUUUUCCCAAUGGGUCACUUAAUGAAAAUGUGCCCCACAGCUUGCCCCUGUAUAAAGAUUACAUGA